GUCGUCCCGCUCGGACGAGCGUUGGUUCGGGUUGCCGUGCGUGAGUGUUUCGUGCGAUAGUGCGAGAACGGAUAAACUGAUAAAAUCGGACGUAAUGAGAAUCGAAUUUGUGGUAGUUUUCUUCAUACUUUUUCAUAUAAAAAAUUAUAGCGGCGUUUUUAGAAAAAAUUCGAAGUAAAUAAGCUACAUCAGUCUCGCAACACUAGUAUUAAAACGGCUGUUUUUGCUUCAUUAUAACAAAAAUAUACUGUAUUAAAUAUGACUUUCAGCAGUAAAAGUGAAUAAAUAUAUGUAACUCACAAAUUGAACAUAUUCUAGACAGUGAACGAUCGUUUGAAAUGAAGUGCACAAGAUAAUUAAUGAUACAAAUAAUUUGUUAAACAAGUGGUGUCGUGUCAAAGUGUAUUCGAUAGUGAACAAAAAGUUGAGCCCUGGAGUCUUCAACCUGUGAUAUUCAAGAUAUGACUACGAUCCUGCUUCUGCUAGCUACCGUCGUCUCUGUUGACAGUAUCCGACACAAAGGUAUAUACUCCGGAGAAGUUUCGGACUUUGAGGUGACGAUACCCCAGAAAGUGAGCCCCGCCGGCGACCUCCUCGGCUCCGAGGUCUCCCAUCACCACAGGACCAGGAGGUCAACGUCGAGAGAGUCGUUCCCGGAAACCUUACAUUACAGGUUGAUGAUGGCGGGCGAGUGGAAGAUGCUGGAUCUAGAGCCUAGUGGCUCCUUCAUCUCUCCUGUCUUGAGGGUCCAGAGAGGACGCAGAUCCCGCCGUAUCCCUCGGGAUAAGACAACCUGUCACUACCGGGGAGUAGUGCGUCAUCAUCGGCACUCCAAUGUGGCUCUCUCGGCGUGCAACGGACUCGCAGGAGUGCUUAGGCUAGAGACAGCUGAGUACUGGCUUGAGCCUUCGACCUCUGGCAACACCACAGAGGGGCGGCAACACAUACUGUUCCGGCGGAACACUGCUACUCGCCACCGGAAACGGAGGAAGAAAAAGAGGAAGAAAAAACACGAGAAAAACUGUGGGACAAGGGAGCCUCCACGACUGCCGGCCGCGCGGCUGGAGUGGUCGGCAGUGUCAGGUGUGGGUCGAGUGCAGGUACAGGGUCGUGGUCGGCGUCGAAGACUGCGCCAGCGCCGCUCUGUCUCCAAGGAGCACCAUGUGGAGGCCCUACUGGUCGCUGACACCUCCAUGGUAGAGUUUCACCACGACGGUGACGUCGAGAUGUAUCUGCUUACCAUCAUGAACAUGGUAUCAGCAUUGUAUCAAGAACCAACUAUUGGCAACUCAGUCAACAUUGUUGUGGUCAGGAUAGUCCUGAUAGAAGACGAUGCUUCUGAGGGACUGAACAUUACAAUACAUGCUGAUCAUGCUCUCAACAGCUUCUGUAGCUGGCAGCAGAAAAUCAACCCGACAUCAGAAUCUGAUCCGCAGCAUCAUGAUGUCGCUAUCCUUGUAACCAGGAAGGACAUUUGUGCACGCCAGAACACGCCGUGUAGCACGCUGGGGGUUGCGCACGUUGGGGGAAUGUGUGAACCUGAUCGCAGCUGUAACAUCAACGAGGACAAUGGCAUCACUCUGGCACACACCAUCGCACAUGAGAUGGGCCACAAUUUCGGCAUGUUCCAUGACUCCUCGAGGUCUGGUUGCUCCGGCCGCCAAGGUUCGACUCUGCACGUAAUGACUCCCACAUUCGAAGCUGACUCCCUCAACAUCGCCUGGUCAGAGUGUAGCCGACGAGACAUCACUCACUUCCUCGACCAGGGCUCCGGCCGAUGUCUGGAGGAUCGCCCCGCAGUGCAGGACGACUACACGUACCCCGAGCUGCCUCCGGGGGCGAUGUACAACGCUGACUAUCAGUGUCGUCUGCAGUUCGGCCCCGACAGUACUGUGUGCUCUCCCUCAGACGAGAUAUGUUCUCGGCUGUGGUGCACAGUGGAAGGGAUGUGUACAACAAACCUGUAUCCAGCCGCACCAGGGACACAUUGUGACAAACAUAUGUGGUGUGUGAACCAAGCGUGUGUGUCUAUCGGAGAGAGCUCCGAGCCCAUCGCCGGAGGGUGGGGAGAGUGGGGGGAGUGGAGUGAGUGUUCUCGCUCCUGUGGCGCUGGUGUCUCCGUGAGAGAGAGGCUGUGUGAUCAUCCAACACCAGCGUUCGGAGGAUCCUACUGUCUUGGAGAACGGAGACGAUAUCGCAUCUGUAACACGCAGGCUUGUCCAGAAUCGUCCCUGAGUUUCCGAGCUGAGCAGUGUUCAUCUUUUGAUAACAAACCAUAUUUUGGAAAAAACUACACAUGGCUUCCAUACUUUGAAACAAGCGAGCCGUGCGAGUUGCACUGUACUGACACUGAGGAUACGAUCAUCGCAAGUCUUGGUGAUGCUCGUGAUGGGACGCCUUGCAAUCUCGGCUCUCGGGACAUGUGCAUCUCAGGCAUCUGUCGGAAAGUAGGCUGUGAUUGGGUGGUUGAUUCUAACGCAGAGGAAGACAAAUGUGGAGUGUGUCAUGGCGACGGGAAACUCUGCUCAACUCAGAACGGUUUCUACAAUGUCACCCAAGGAGAUGGUUACACAGAAGUAGCCAUAAUUCCUAGCGGAGCCCGAAAUGUCCGGGUGGAAGAAGUUUCAAGUUCUCGGAACUACAUUUCCAUCGGAAGUGCUUCAGGCAGUACCUUCUAUCUUAAUGGAAACGGGGAGAUCACCAUAGCAGGAGAGUACACUAUAGCUGGUAGUGCAGCUCUUUAUGAACGCAACAAAGAUUUGGAGAAGCUGCGAAUACCUGGUCCUAUCAAAGAAGAUAUUUUGAUUUAUGUGAUAUUCAGGGACCAGAACCCAGGUCUAUAUUUUGAGUUUACGAUGCCCAAUGAGCAGCAGGAACACACGGAUGUGUACCGUUGGGAGUUGUCUGAUUGGUCAACUUGUUCCGCAACUUGUGGCGGAGGAGAGCAAGUGUCUAAGGCUGUCUGCAAGGAGACAGGCAAGGAUAUGUCCGUGGCCGCAGAGAAAUGUGCUUCAGGCCUGAGACCUUCGGACAGAAUGCGAACCUGCAACUUGCACUCUUGUCCCACCAGAUGGUGGAUUGGUCCCUGGCAGCUUUGUCCCGUGACUUGCGGAGAGCUUGCUUUACGUCGCAGGUCUGUGAUCUGUGUGUCAGGCAGUGGGGAGAAGCCGUUAGCUCUGCCAGACUCUGACUGUACGGGACAGUUACGACCUCAUGACCAGGAGCCUUGUCCAGACAUCCCCCCUUGUCUUCCCCCCUCCCUCCUGGCUACCAUAGGGCCGUUUGAGAACCUGGUGAACAUAGACAGACCAAAGAAGUUUGAGGUGAUGCAGUUCAAGAACUCUAAGGUACGCUACGAGCCAGACAAGUGGAAAGUGCUUCCAUGGAGUCAAUGUUCCGUCACUUGCGGCAUCGGCUUCAAGAAGAGGACUAUUCAAUGUCCUUCCCAGAAAUGUGACCCACGCACUAAACCCAUCUCAGUCAAACAAUGCUUCCGACAUUGCGCCAACAAGACAAUAAUUGUAUAGACCAUGUGUAAAAGUUUUGUACAAAUACAUGUUUCGGAUUGUGAUUUUAA